GGGUCGCCAUGGCAACGCGCGGCCGCCCCCGGUUCCUUCUGGUUCCCGCCCGGGUUCUAGGGCCUAAUGGCCGAGGGCUCGUGGUCUGACGGCUUCCUAGGGGCGAAGACACGGCUGGCUGGGGGGCCGCUCCCGGGUCGGUGGAACAGUCGGGGACGGGCGAUGACUUUUCAGGUUUGGGGGUGGCGGAGGGAAGACGCGUCUCAGGUUUUGGCCUGGGUGCCCGACGCCGAGGGCGGGAGAGGUGCAGCGAUGUCGCGCAGGACCCCGGCUACAAAAGACCCCACAGCUGUAGAGAGAGCAAACUUGUUAAACAUGGCUAAAUUGAGUAUCAAAGGACUCAUUGAAUCUGCUCUAAGCUUUGGCCGCACUUUGGAUUCUGACUAUCCCCCCUUGCAGCAGUUCUUUGUUGUUAUGGAACAUUGUCUGAAACACGGUCUUAAAGUAAGAAAAUCAUUUUUGAGUUAUAACAAAACUAUCUGGGGCCCCUUGGAACUGGUGGAAAAGCUGUACCCGGAAGCAGAGGAAAUAGGAGCCAGUGUCCGGGAUUUACCUGGUCUUAAGACCCCGCUAGGUCGUGCAAGAGCAUGGCUUCGAUUAGCCCUCAUGCAAAAAAAAAUGGCUGAUUACCUGCGUUGCUUAAUUAUUCAGAGGGAUCUCUUAAGUGAAUUUUAUGAGUAUCAUGCGCUAAUGAUGGAAGAAGAAGGAGCAGUAAUUGUUGGGCUGCUGGUUGGCCUGAAUGUAAUAGAUGCUAACCUGUGUGUAAAGGGAGAAGAUUUAGACUCACAAGUUGGAGUGAUUGAUUUUUCCAUGUAUUUAAAGAACGAAGAAGAUAUCGGAAAUAAAGAAAGGAAUGUUCAAAUUGCUGCCAUAUUAGACCAGAAGAAUUAUGUUGAAGAAUUAAAUCGACAACUGAACAGCACAGUCAGCAGUCUCCAUUCAAGAGUUGACUCAUUAGAAAAGUCAAAUACUAAGCUGAUUGAAGAGUUAGCAAUAGCAAAAAAUAAUAUCAUUAAACUCCAAGAAGAAAAUCAUCAAUUACGAAGUGAAAAUAAAUUGAUUUUAAUGAAAACACAGCAGCACCUGGAGGUUACCAAAGUGGAUGUGGAAACUGAGCUUCAGACAUAUAAGCAUUCUCGGCAGGGGCUGGAUGAAAUGUACAACGAAGCCAGAAGGCAGCUUCGAGAUGAAUCUCAGUUAAGACAGGAUGUGGAAAACGAGCUAGCGGUACAAGUUAGUAUGAAACAUGAAAUUGAACUUGCUAUGAAGUUGUUGGAGAAAGAUAUCCAUGAGAAGCAGGAUACUCUGAUAGGCCUUCGGCAACAACUAGAGGAAGUUAAAGCAAUUAACAUAGAAAUGUAUCAAAAGUUGCAGGGUUCUGAAGAUGGCUUGAAAGAAAAAAAUGAAAUAAUUGCCCGACUAGAAGAAAAAACCAAUAAAAUCACUGCAGCCAUGAGGCAGCUGGAGCAAAGAUUGCAGCAAGCAGAGAAGGCGCAAAUGGAAGCUGAAGAUGAAGACAAGAAGUAUCUACAAGAGUGUCAGAGUAAAUCCGACAAUCUGCAGAAACAAGUCUCCCAAAAGGAGAAACAGCUGGUGCAGCUGGAAACUGAUUUGAAGAUUGAGAAGGAAUGGAGGCAGACUUUGCAGGAAGAUCUUCAAAAGGAGAAAGAUGCCUUAUCUCAUCUUCGAAAUGAGACCCAACAAAUCAUUGAUCUUAAAAAAGAGUUCCUUAACAUCCAGGAUGAAAAUCAGCAGUUGAAAAAAAUAUAUCAUGAACAGGAGCAAGCUCUUCAAGAACUUGGCAACAAACUUAGCGAAUCAAAACUUAAAAUAGAAGAUAUAAAAGAAGCCAACAAAGCAUUGCAGGGACUGGUUUGGUUGAAAGACAAGGAAGCAACACAUUGUAAACUUUGUGAAACGGAAUUCUCACUUUCUAAGAGAAAGCACCACUGUAGAAAUUGUGGGGAAAUUUUCUGUAAUGCUUGCUCUGACAACGAACUGCCUUUGCCUUCUUCACCAAAGCCAGUACGGGUUUGUGAUUCCUGUCACGCGCUGCUGAUCCAGAGAUGCUCAUCUAAUUUGCCGUAAGACUCCAGACUAAGUCCUUUUGUAUGAAAGUACCUACAAUGAAUGGUUAAUGUAUGAACCAUGUACAUGAUGUAUUUAGCCAGCCCUUCUUAAGCAGCUUUCAGACCGUACUGGUACCAGUUUUAUCUUCCACGUAUUCAGCACAUGGGAAUUAGAAGCUGUAGAAUAGCUCAUUGUUAUUCAAAAAGAACAUUCAACAGGGCAUGCUUUAAAUUAACUUUUGUUAAUUCCUAAUUGAUGUAACAGUCAUAUAACUUAUAACACCACUAAAAAAAGGCCAGAUAGCAGAGCUAACACACAUUUGCCUUAUUUUGUAAAGGCCUUCUUAAAAAUAGGGGUUCAGAUUCUUUUACUCUGCAACUUGUCAAGUCGGUAUCUGAUGGUGCCUGUAAUUUUCUUAAUGCACUUUAAAGUUAUCACAGUUCUCAGAAAGAUCAGACAUACAUUGAACUAUUUGCAAGUAUUAAUAUUCCAGUUCAACAGUCUUUCAUUAGCUUGCUAAGGUUUCAUCCUUAAUAACUUGUCCUUUCUGCCCCACUUCCUUUGCCCAUUUUGCAUUAGAAGAGGCCAAUAUUUUAUCCUGUAAAAAUUUCCUUUUGGUCUUCCUCUAAUCAAUGUAUUUAUUGGUAUUUUCAGAUAUAGGUUAAAGAGGUAUUUUUUACCUGAACUUUUUCCUUAUUUUGAAAGGAAGUUGAACUAGUCUUUUAAAUUAUUACUUACACAUCUUUCCAUGUUAUACCUGACUCACCGAACUUUAGGGAGGGCUCAACACCUCUUAAGAAGAAAAAAAUCCAUCCCGGGAAGAAAAUGUUUAUUAAUAGUAAGGGGUUACAGGCUGAUUGAUUCUCCUCUAAGCAUCAAAGGAGAAAUCUAAAAUAGUUUGCCUUUGAUGGAAUUUGAGUAAUUAAAAAUUUUAUUCUAUUUACAUUCCAGUAGCUUUUAGGAAGCAUUACAGUGUAGUGAUCCACUACUGCAGUUCUGUAUAGCGUGAAAUAUCCACCCUAUACUGAGCACCUCCAAGCCAGGAUCCUGAGCAGAUGAAGAUGUGGUCUCAGCCCUGCCAUGAAAUACAUGGUCUGUUUCCAGCAUGAAAGAGUCAAACACUAAUCCCAUUUUACCAUUCUUGUAGCACACAAGAAUAUGUAAAAGGUUACCGUCUCAUUAAUCCUUUGAAUAGCAUCACCACUUGGGAGAUCCGUUUUCCCCGCUUUGGUGUUAACUUCAGCCAUGCACUUUAACUCUGUGAAUCUUUCAAA